AUGGAUCUCCGACCAGCCACCCGAAUUACUGGUGUUGCAGCCCUCUAUCACCUCAAGAACUCUGCUCGAUCCGACCUCAGACCUGAUAUCUUACGGGUCGGCUCAUCUGCUAGGAAUAUAACAAGACCAGGAAAUGGGUUGGCUGUGAAGGAAAAUGCAGAGAACAACAAGAAGAAUAUCAAGAAGCCUGAUGUAUGUACGGCGGAUGAGCUCCACUAUGUCACUGUUUCUAAUUCUGAAUGGAAACUCGCUCUCUGGCGUUACUUGCCCUCUCCAAAGGCAAAGCCAAGGAACCAUCCGCUGCUGUUGCUAUCUGGUGUUGGGACUAAUGCUAUUGGAUAUGAUCUCUCUCCUGAGUCGUCAUUUGCUCGGUUCAUGUCUGAUCAAGGAUUUGAUACGUGGACUCUUGAAGUUCGAGGAGCUGGUUUGAGUGCUUUGGCAGCUGAUCAUGGGGAAGAUUCUGAGAUCUCUUCAGUUGAAGGGGAGGGAUCAGAAAUUGUCUCUAAAUCCAAAAAAGCUCGAUCAAAGUUGUCAGAAACUCUUACGAGCUUAUCCGAAAGGUUCUCAGGAUAUUUUGAUGAAGGGAAAAACUCUGCCAUUGCGAGCCAAAUUAAGGAUUUUAGUCAAAAGCUUGUGAAUAUUAUUGAUGGUCAGAAAUCAGUUGCACCACAGAUUUUUGGCUUUCAAGAGAACUUUUCAACUGCACUAGAAGAUUUCCUGAAACAACUUGACCUGAUUGUGAAGUAUGAUUGGGACUUCGAUCACUACCUGGAAGAUGAUUUGCCCGCUGUGAUUGAGUUUAUAAGGACUCAAUGUGGACCAAAGGAUGGCAAGUUGCUUGCAAUUGGGCACUCCAUGGGUGGUAUUCUGCUAUACGCCAUGCUCUCACGAUGUUGUUUCAAUGGAAUGGAUUCUGGGUUUACAUCAGUAGUUACUUUGGGGUCAUCACUUGACUACUCAUCUUCAAAAUCAUCACUCAAAUUGCUUUUACCAGUGACAGAUCCUGCAAAGGCACUUAAUGUUCCUGUUAUUCCACUUGGAGCAUUACUUUCUACUGCUCACACUUUCGCAUCUCGUCCUCCGUAUGUUUUGUCUUGGUUAAAUUCUCAAAUUUCUGCUCCAGGCAUGAUGCAUCCUGAGUUGCUUGAAAAGCUUGUUUUGAACAACUUCUGCACAGUACCUGCAAAGCUUCUAUUGCAACUGGCAACAGCAUUUCAAGAAGGUGGAUUACGAGACCGUAGUGGAUCUUUCCUUUACAAGGAUCAUCUUGGCAAAAGCAAUGUUCCAGUGUUAGCAAUUGCUGGGGAUCAAGAUCUCAUCUGUCCUCCAGAAGCUGUAUAUGAGACAGCAAAGGUCAUUCCAAAGCAUUUGGUUACUUACAGAGUUUUUGGAGAGCCAUGUGGUCCGCAUUAUGCUCACUACGAUCUAGUGGGAGGUCGUUCGGCAAAGUUCUGGAGGGGCAAGAUGGUUUAUGCUCCAUGUUUAUUUCCUUCUAUGCCAAAAGGAAGAACAGGAAUGGCAAUGGAUGGAUCGGGUGGCAAUAAGCUUGAGAGUAGCUUUUAG